UAUGACUGUUGUAAUGAAUUUGAACAAAUGACAAAAUUCAAGUUAUAUCUGCGAUGGUGUUUGUCAAUGACGAUCCCCCUUUCUAUGAUUCUGACUGUAAAUCGGAAAAUCAAAUAACACCAUUUCAUAUGUAUACCAAUGCUUUAAAUCGUAUAAGAAUAUCAAAUUACAAUCAAUCAAAUAAAAACAUUGGUGUUAACUUGAAUUCCACAUAUUCACAUCAACGAAAGUUUAAACGAAAUACUUCUAUUUUAAAAAAUCAAAAUGAUGAUGAUAAGCGUGAUCUCUCCGCACGCCCUAUUAGGAUUUUUGUUGGUACGUGGAAUUGUGCAUACCAAGAUCCAGACGAAUCAGUAACACUCAAACCAACAUCCGAUAAUGAGAACCGUUGGACGAAUCACAUCUAUCGUCCGGCUCAAGCGUUGUACGGAGUCAUUGGUUCUUUUUGCAAACGUGUUGGCCAGCUUUAUAGUGGCAGUGUGACUUAUGUAAAGGGUGGAAUAGGAUAUAUUCGUAAGAGAACGUAUUGCAGAUUAAACGGUAGCGAAGAUGACGAACUUUUUUCUGACAGACGUUAUAUAACAUUUAUUAAUAAGUCAAAAAAAUUGUUAUAUAAUGACAGCCGUACAAAACCAAAAGAGGAACAGGUAGCAUUGAGCACUGUAAGUGACGAAAAUAUGUUUUACCUAAAUACAACAACCAACAGUAUACAAUCAUAUGACGUUUCAUAUUCACUAAAUCCUAAUAGAAAUCGUGAUCUUUCAAAACAACAUGAUUUGCGUGAUGAGGAUUCAUGGCCAAUAAACUACUCAGAUGUCGGUUUCGUUAGGGCUCGUAGGGAUGCUAUCCAACGACGGCUUGCAGAUAAUACAUCACAAAAAGAUGUGUUUGUUGAAUCCCCCAUUGUUCCCAAAUAUGUCUCUAGAAAAACUGAUACUAACGGGUUUUUUGUGCUUGAUAAAAGCAAAACGUCAUUUCCCCCUAUCAAUGAAAGGAAGGUUCCUGUAAAUCAUUCUAAAUCACCUUUGAUCCGACUUCGUCAAUCUACGAUACAGCUUAAACCUCUCACUGAAGAAGACAACGAGCCAUUGAACGAUUGGAUCCCCAUGGGUUAUGAUAUCUAUAUAAUAUCACUACAAGAAACUCUAUCUUGUGGUAUGUUCAUUUCAAUAACUAAAUACUUGCUACGGCAAUCUAAUGAAGACUAUGUUAGAAUACCCCUUGAAAAUGACAAGCUAUCUGGUCACGGCGAUGGCGCCUUCCUAAAGACGAAAAGCACAAGCAUCGCUGUAUGGAUACGUAAGGAGUUAUUAGAUUCAAAGAUAGUUGAGAUGGGUCCGUCAAGAUCCAUACCCAUAAGUCGUAUCAAUAGGAGUAAAGGUCUGGUUACAUUCCAGAUGAAGGUAUACAAUCAUCUAGUUUGCGUAGUAGGGUGCCACCUACCAACGGGGCGCAAAUCUAGAGAGAAAGCAAUAAAACAGGUAAUUGGAAAACUGUGUUAUGUUUACGGUGUCUCCGGGAGUUCUCUACAUGAUGUUUUCCAUCAUAUAUUAUGGACCGGUGAUUUCAACUUCAGGGUAUCUAACAUUUCUACCCGACAGGCAUUAAUGCUUUUAAACAAUGGCCAUGUACAAGAGCUAUUUUGCAACGAUGAAUUCUACUCCAGAGGAGCUUCAUUGUUCGCCGACAUGAAGUUUGAGGAAGGCGUUGUACGCUUUUUCCCAACAUACAAGAUGCGUGAUGACAGAGAUGUGGCUGACCACAGUAAAGAUAACUGGGCAGAUAGCGCUUACCAUACUCUUUAUGAAACACACUGGUACAAAGGUGGCAACGUAAAGGAUCGUGUUCCAUCGUGGACUGACCGUGUUUUAAAGUGGUCUAUCCCAGAGUUACGUACAUGCCUCCAAAUUGAUGACACAACAUAUACAUCUGUUCAACCCAAUGAUAAAAAUAUUCUCCUUACGAGCGAUCAUAGUCCUGUAGGAUGCGGCUUAGCUUUGUGGCCCGUAAAGAGCCCUGAGAUGUUAGUACCACGGAAAAAUCUUUCCUUGAUUGGAUAGAUCUUUCAUUUGUCUGAUGAAAUUCACCU